AUGAGUACAAGAAUUGCGAAGAGCCUGUGCAAUGAGCGAGGACAGAGAACUAUAAAUUCAACGGUCGCUGAGGUAGUUGAAGAAGCAAUUAAAAGUCGCGUUGACCAAGGAGAAAUGUCCACUGCGCCGUCGGCGAGAUCGGUUGCUGUUGCUGUGAGUGGCGGGUCCGGCAAGGGUAGCCGGCGAGCUGUGCAGUGGGCGGUGAAUAAUCUCGUCCCUCAAGCCGAUAGGUUCAUCUUAGUUCACGUCAUUUCUCGAAUCACAUCAAUUGUCACACCAACUGAAGAGUAUAUUCCUGUUUCGGAAGCAGACGCCGACGUGUUUGCAGCUUACGUGGACGAUGUGAAGCAAAAAUCUGAACAAAUCUUCGUUCCGUUCAAGAAACUCUGCGAUUCAAACACGAUGGAAACCGUACUGCUAGAAGAUGACAAUGCUGCAGAAGCACUUAUUAGCUUUAUUUCGGAGUCCGGGGUCCAAACAUUAGUGCUGGGUUCUGACUCUUCGAAUUUUAUAACAAGAAAGCUAAAAGGACCUGGAAUACCAACUACCAUUCUAAGAUGUACUCCAGACAGUUGUGAUGUGUAUGUUGUAGCAAGAGACAGAAUUGUAUCGAAGUUGGCUGAUUUGUCAUCUUCACAUUCUCAUGAGACUGGCCCAAGUUACUUCAUGUCUACUAAAGUAAAUAAAGUAGACAAUGAGGCUGGCAUUGGCAGAGCAAUAUCCGGAAUCAGUACAUGCUCAACAGAAUCUAAAAUGCUAAGGAAUUUCAGAUUUUUAUCAAUAUCCGAGCAUAAUUACGUUGGUCUGCAAACAAUUAGUCGUAGGGAUUCUUUUGAAAAUUCUACCAAAAAUGAAAAUCCAGACUGUGGCGAUGAUAUUGAAAUUAUCAGUCUCCAUUCAUUUGAUUCCAUUGCUACUGCACAACGUGAACAGUUAGUCAUGCAAGAAGAAGUCGAACGGCUGCAACUGGAGUUGCAAAAUACUAUCGCCAUGUACAAACAGGUUUGUGAAGAGCUGGUUGAAGCUCAAAACCAGGCCCUUUUACUUUCUUCUGAAUCUCUUGAAGAAACUAAAAGAGUGAAUGCUUCCAUAAAAAGAGAGGAGGUUUUGAGAAAGAUUGCUGCUGAAGAGAAAACUAACUAUUUAAAAGUCAUGAAGGAUCUCGAGGAGGCGAAAAAUAAGUUUGCCAAAGAGUCGUAUGAAAGGCAGAUGGCUGAACUUGAUGUCCUUAAAGAAUCAAUAGAGAAACAGAGAAUUGUUGAUACAUUGAUCUCAAACGACAUGAGAUACAGAAAGUACACCAUGGAUGACAUCAAGAUAGCGACAAACUUCUUUUCUAAGGACUUGAUGAUUGGUGAAGGUGGAUAUGGGAAAGUUUACAAGUGUAAUCUUGAUCACACACCAGUAGCUGUUAAGGUUCUGCAUCAGGAUGCAAUCAACAAGAAAGAGGAGUUUCUGAAAGAGGUUGAGAUUCUUAGUCAACUGCAUCAUCCUCAUAUGGUUUUGUUACUUGGAGCCUGUCCUGAGACCGGUUGCCUUGUUUAUGAAUACCUGGAAAAUGGAAGUCUGGAAGACUAUCUUCUCAACCAAAAUAGAAAACCACCUCUUCCUUGGUUUGUUCGAUUUCGCAUAGUCUUUGAAAUGGCUUGUGGGUUGUCAUUCUUGCAUAAUUCAAAGCCCGAGCCAAUUGUCCAUCGAGAUAUAAAACCUGGCAACAUCUUGUUAGACAGAAAUUAUGUGAGCAAAAUAUCUGAUGUUGGGCUGGCUAAACUCCUAGCAGAAGUCGUGCCUGACAACAUUACAGAGUACAGAGAAUCCAUGCUUGCCGGUACUCUGCAUUACAUGGACCCAGAAUAUCAGAGAACUGGCACUGUCCGACCAAAAUCAGAUGUAUAUGCAUUUGGAGUUAUAACUCUCCAACUAAUAACUGGUCGCCAUGCACGUGGACUCAUUGUGACUGUUGAAGAUGCAAUUAGAAAUGGAUCCUUCCGUGAUAUUUUAGAUACAUCAGCUGGAGAUUGGCCACUAGAUGAGACAGUGGAAUUGGCUCAAGUUGCCCUUAAAUGCACUGCACUUAGGUGCAGGGAUAGACCAGAACUUGAUACUGAAGUUCUUCCACUGCUCGAAAGAUUUUCUAAUGCGGCAAAUGUAAGUGCAAGAAUGGGAAGGAAUAGUGUAAGUGCACCAAGCCAGUAUUAUUGUCCAAUCCUUCAGGAAAUCAUGGAUGAUCCAUAUAUUGCUGCGGAUGGGUUUACUUAUGAGUACAGAGCAAUCAGGGCAUGGCUCAGCAAACACAAUGUGUCACCCAUGACAAAGCUUAAGCUCCAGCAUUCUGUGUUGACUCCAAACCAUACUUUACGUUCUGCCAUUCAGGAGUGGAAUUCAGGAAUGACCUUUUGA